AUGCAAAUGCACCACUCUGCCAUGCCUCGACUCAAUUGCUACAACCUCAACAAGUGUGGGAUCCGCAGGGGGAUGUCCGUGCAGGAACUAAAAUACUUAACCGCGCAGCGCCAGCGUCGUGAAUUCUGGGCUCGCAUGUCGACACUUCAACUGGCAGUAGCUACUGAUGAUACGUCCACGUAUUCUCCACGAUCGACACGCUCGUCGUCGUCGUCGUCGCUAUCUGCGUCACCGCCGCCGUGUUAUUACAGAGAUGGUGGUGCAUGCUACUCUGAGAUCUACGGCUGCGCGCCUCUUUCCAAUCGACAAGGUCUUGCUUCCGACAAGAUGUACGUCACGCGUGGUGGGCAAGUCAUUUCUUUGCUGGCAGGUGUCGUGAACGCUCCAUCAGAUGAUGUAUAA